CGAGGCGCUGGGGGCCCGGGCGCCGGCGGUUGGCGUGCUGGCUGGCAAUGCCGGGGCCCGCGGCCCGCGGGGAGGAGGGCAGCGGUGGCGAGGGCGCGGCCCCGGGGACCGCGGCGGAGCCUGGGGCUGGGCCGGGGCGGGAGCCGGCGCGGCUGUGCGGCUACCUGCAGAAGCUGUCCGGUAAGGGCCCGCUGCGCGGCUACCGCAACCGCUGGUUCGUGUUCGACGCGCGCCGCUGCUACCUCUACUACUUCAAGAGCCCGCAGGACGCGCUGCCCCUCGGCCACCUGGACAUCGCAGACGCCUGCUUCAGCUACUCGGGCCCCGACGAGGCGGCCGAGCCCGGCGCGGAGCCGCCCGCUCACUUCCAGGUGCACAGCGCGGGAGCCGUCACUGUGCUCAAGGCCCCUAAUCGUCAGCUCAUGACUUACUGGUUACAAGAACUUCAGCAGAAGAGAUGGGAAUAUUGCAACAGCCUUGACAUGGUGAAGUGGGACAGCAGGACCUCCCCGACUCCUGGAGAUUUUUCUCAGGGUCUCGUGGCCAGAGAUAACACAGAUUUAAUUAACCUGCACUCAAAUGCUUCUGCAGAAAAAGCCAGAAAUGUCCUAGCUGUGGAAGCUGCCCCUGGAGAGCUGGUAGGAGAGCAAGCUGCAAAUCAGCCCGCCCCAGGGCCUCCGAAUUCUAUUAACUUCUCUUUUAAACAGUGGAGCACGGAGCUCAGAAAUUCAAUGUCUUCUUUCCGUCCUGGGAGAGGGCAUAAUGAUAGUCGGAGGAGUGUGUUUUACACCAAUGAAGAGUGGGAGCUUCUAGAGCCAAGCCCUAAGGAACUGGAGGAGUCCAUGGUGCAGGAAGAAAGGAAGAAGCAGGUCCCUGAAGGCAACAAAGGAAUAACUGGCUCAGGAUUUCCCUUUGAUUUUGGACGUAUUCCCUAUAAAGGAAAGCGCCCUUUGAAAGAAAUGAUUGGAUCAUACAAAAAUCGUCACAGUAUUGGUGACCCUUCACCCGAAGUGCCAUCGGGCAGUGGCAGCGCCAGCAAGCCGGCCUCUGAGAUGCAGCUGCUUGUCCGGAACCAGCAGGAAGAGCUAGAAAGGUUAAGAAAAGACUUAGCCAGUCAGAAGGAGCUUGUGCGGCUGCUGCAGCAGACAGUGCGGUCCUCCCAGUAUGACAAGUACUUCACAAGCAGCCGCCUCUGCGACGGGGUCCCACAGGACACACUGGGGCUUCUGCACCAGAAGGACGACCAGAUUCUGGGCCUCACCAACCAGCUGGAGAGGUUCAACCAGGAGAAAGACAGUCUUCAGCAGGAAGUGAGGAUGCUGAAGAGCAAAGUGGGUGAGCUCAGUGAGCGGCUGGGGAUGCUGAUGGAGACCAUCCAAGCCAAGGACGAGGUCAUCAUGAAGCUCUCCCGGCAGCUCAGCGAGUGUGAGGGCAGCGCGUCCUCUCCCACCUGCACGCCCGGCUCUCCCGCGGCCGUCCCCGCGGGCAGGGACCAGCUGGAACUGGACUGGUUGAAAGAUAAUCUACAGGGGUACAAAACCCAAAAUAAAUUUCUAAAUAAGGAAAUCUUGGAACUUGCAGCUCUACGGAGAAAUGCAGAAAGAAGAGAGAGGGAUCUGAUGGCAAAGUAUUCUAGCCUGGAAGCCAAGCUCUGCCAGAUAGAAAGCAAAUACUUGAUACUGCUCCAAGAAAUGAAGACCCCAGUUUGCUCAGAAGAACAGGGGCCUGCUCGGGAUGUCAUAGCCCAGCUGCUGGAGGACGCUCUGCAGGUUGAGAGUCCAGAGCAUCCGGAGCAAGCGUUCAUUAAACCUCAUCUUGUCAGUGAAUACGACAUUUAUGGGUUUAAGACUGUCCCAGAGGAUGACGAGGAAGAGAAGUUGGUCGCCAAAGUCCGGGCAUUGGACCUGAAGACCCUCUACCUCACAGAAAACCAGGAGGUCUCCACUGGGGUCAAGUGGGAAAACUACUUUGCGAGCACAGUGAACAGGGAGAUGACAUGUUCCCCGGAAUUAAAGAACCUGGUCCGUGCGGGCAUCCCACACGAGCACCGUUCCAAGGUGUGGAAGUGGUGUGUGGACCGUCACAUCAAGAAGUUCAAGGACAGCACUCAGCCUGGUUACUUCCAGACUUUGCUUCAGAAGGCGCUGGAGAAACAGAAUCCGGCCUCCAAGCAGAUCGAGCUGGACCUGCUGCGGACUCUGCCCAACAACAAGCAUUACUCAUGCCCCACCUCGGAAGGCAUACAGAAGCUGCGCAACGUCCUGCUUGCCUUCUCCUGGCGGAAUCCAGACAUUGGCUACUGCCAGGGUCUCAACAGAUUGGUGGCUGUGGCCCUCCUGUACCUGGAACAAGAAGAUGCCUUCUGGUGUCUAGUCACCAUAGUGGAAGUUUUCAUGCCUCGAGACUAUUACACAAAGACUCUUUUAGGAUCCCAGGUGGACCAGCGGGUGUUCAGAGACCUCAUGAGCGAGAAGCUGCCUCGACUGCAUGCCCACUUUGACCAGUACAAAGUCGACUACACCCUCAUCACGUUCAACUGGUUCCUGGUGGUGUUUGUGGAUAGCGUCGUCAGCGACAUCCUCUUUAAAAUAUGGGACUCUUUCCUUUAUGAGGGACCAAAGGUUAUCUUCCGCUUUGCCCUGGCACUUUUUAAAUACAAGGAAGAGGAGAUCCUGAAACUUCAGGAUUCAAUGUCCAUAUUCAAGUACCUCCGUUACUUCACACGCACUAUCCUGGAUGCUAGGAAGCUCAUCGGGAUCUCUUUUGGGGACCUGAACCCAUUCCCCCUGCGGCAGAUCCGGAACCGGCGGGCCUACCACUUGGAGAAGGUCCGGCUGGAGCUGACGGAGCUGGAGGCCAUCCGGGAGGACUUCCUGCGCGAACGAGACACCAGCCCGGACAAGGGCGAGCUGGUCAGUGACGAGGAAGAGGACACCUGAGUGCUGCCCUGUGCCCCCACCCAGGACGCUGCUCUCCUUGCAACCAAAGUGUGCCAAAGGGUGAACUGCAGAGACGCCUGCACUCGUUCCACAUCCAGAAUGUAACAUCCGGGGUCUCUGGAAGUCUGCUGGGCAGACGUCCAAAGCCACACUGCACUUUCUCGUUUCCACUCGGGUCUCCUCUGUUUACAGCCGUCUGCAUGCCAUGGCAGAUGGCUACUCCUGUCCCGUCAUGCUUUCCGCCUGAUCGGUACCUCACCAGGCUUAGAGCUGGCUAGUUUCAAGAGCCUGUUUACAGUAUCUGUCAGCCGUGUUGAUGUCUCUGCCCUUAGGAAACCUUCCAUGUGCCGUCUGCCCUGUGGUAGCUCCUGUACGUAGUGGGUGGUUGUAGGCACUGUUUUGAAGGGUAGCCGUGGAGGACGCCCACCACGCCUGCACACUCCUGGGCCAGGGUCUGACUGCUUUGGGUGACAUAAGGCUCAUGUGAAAGAAGGGAUUUUCUUAGGAAAGCAAGUACAUCCCUUGUUCAGAAAUGGCCUGUGGAAAGCCCACAGAUCUCAUGCUGAUGGCUUCAAGGUGCUGGCCAUGUCCCACUUCUGGACUAGCUUCUGCCCUUUAACGCACAGCCUUUCAGACAGUAACUCCCAACCUGCUGGUGGAAGGCCUGGCUCUCCAGACACCCCAUGCUCGGUCCUCUGCCUACACCGCUCCAGAUGGGUCUGUGCAGAACCUUUCUUUCCAUCUGAGAGUUGACCCUGGGCUCAUUCUACACGUGUGGAUGGGGUUCCAAGGAAACCGCGGAUCAUGGUCCUACAGAGCAGGCCCGCCCCUGGGCUGGCCUUGGUGGAGGGGAUGCAGGGAGCUGUUCCGGGGGUGCUUUCAGGGUGGCGGUGCAGCUGCAGAGUGAUUGCUGUCGGGCAGCUGGAAGCCGUGGCUUCCUUGGGAACAGCCAGUGUGCUGGGCUGGGGUGGUGGGAGGCCCGCUGCCAGGGCCUGGGGCGCCUUCGCUUGAGGUCAGAGUUUUGGUGAGCCCUCCUGGGGCGUCCCCUCCCCACUGCCAUGUUGAGACACCCUGUACUCAGCAGCCGUCCUCCCCUGUGGGGUCAUCACCGACCACCGUCCCCAGGGUGUCAGGCUGCCCAGGCAGUUCUGGGACUUAGAACAUGACCUUUCUGAAGGCCCGGAAAGAGGCUCUGUGCAAGGAAGAUUAUUUUUGCAUAAUCAUUCUGUGGACCAUCCCUGAUGUAUUGAUGUGAGACUGUUUUCCUGGACAGUAUUAGUCAAAUAGGAAAGAAAAAGUUUUUAGUGGAUUUUUUUCUUUUUUUACACUACCUGGAAAAAAUUGGAAAUAAUCCUUGGUGGAUAUUAAACACACUCAGAUUAUUGAAGCACUGUAACUUGAAGAAGUGCUUUUUUUCAUAAGCAUAGUUUUUCUUUUCUUACUGUCACCCUUCUAGCAGUCUCAUAGCCAGGACAGCAUUUCAGCAUAUUAGACCAAGUUCCAUUUUCUAUCUUUGGUUAAGCUGGUGGGUUUGAUUUUUCACUGUGUCUGGGGAGCUGGCCUCUAUAUGUGGGUAUAAAAAUGUAUUUUAUCAUUGUUUUGGUCAUCAGGAGCAGUUGUUUGAGGCCAGACAGCUCCAAGAAGUUGUCUUGUGAGUGGGUUCACUCUGAGGCGAGGCUGCAGCCUCACCGCUCUGCACAGACCCCCACAGGACCAACCACUGGGGCUGGCAGAGGCCGCCUCCUGCCUCUGCCGCCAGCCUAGGGGAUGGCAGCAGGAGUGGGGCUGGACAGCGCCAACUUCCUUGAGAUUUUAGUUUCCCCUAAGUUGAUUUCCCCUGGAACUGUCACAUCCUGGGGACUAAAAUGCUGCCUUUAGCAAUAGGCUUGUUUUGUCCUUCCUGCCUUGAAAAGACUUAUCUUCCAAGCACCUGGAUUGGGCCCGGGCACCUGCCGUGUGUGGCUGAAGCCCCUGGUGCCGCCGUUCCCCGAGCGGUCAGUGGUGUGUUAGUAUUUCCAGGCUGCCACUGUCAGUGGCCAGGCAAUGGGUAUGGGAGAACAGAGCGAGGUCGUGGAGGGAAUGGGCCGGGAACACUUGCGUGGAAGCUCUCCUUUCUGGAAUAAAGCACUGGGUGUCCAGAGGUGGGAGAGGGACGGCUUGACCUGAUUCCAGACUGGGGACAGGUUGUGGCCAACUCCUUCUCCACAACUGUAGGGGCUGUUCCCACUACUUCGAGCCAGUGCUUCCCUUCUCCUUGUGCCGAGGAAAGAGUAGCUCCGUACCCUCCCCUUCUGACAGGCGCUGCCUCCAUCCCAGCCUGGGGCGGGGCAGCCUUCAGCCAGCUUCCCAGACGCGCACACCAGGCCAGGGGAGCCGCCCUUAUCACACCAGGUGGGAACUGCCAGCUUUCAUGUUGGUGAGUUCUUUGUUUUUUUAUGGGUUGAACAUUUGUUUAUAUUUUUGUAUAUUUUCACUACAGUUUAUAUUUUUAUAGGCUAUUUUUAUCAAGGUUUUCUAGAUUAUGUACAUCUAUUUUGUAUAACAUGUUCUCUCGUGUGUAUGUAAACCUGAGCCUCCAGAACCACUGUUCACGUCUGUACCCUCUCUGAGCCCCCUAUGUACACAUGGGCCCACUUCUUACCCCAGGUAGCCUUGGGCUACCUGCAGUCAUGCUGACAGCUGACCCACACCAGCCAAGACUGUUAAUUGCUGGGAACGGCUCUGGCUUCUACAUUAUCUCGAUAUAGGAAGUACUCUAGGCAAAUAGCCAGUCGGCUGUUGUUGUUUUAACUAAAUGUUUGUAUUACUGCACAAAUCCCUACUCCUCACUUUGCACGCCGUUGCCUUCCUGCCUAUGUUCUGGGAGGCUGGAUGCCAGCCGUGGAGGACUCGGGGUGUUGCCAAGUGACUCUUUUCCUUCCAUGUCCCAGCAGCUUCUGUGCUUAUCUUCCAGUUAAAUUUUGGAAUCGUCCUACUAAAAGGCAAAAUAAACUAAUUUGUAUAACA